AUGAGCAAAAAACAAAUUUCAUUCGGAAAAAUUAGUUUCAACAUAAACAAAACCUCAUCACACGAUUCUGGCGAUGCUUCGACGACUGGUUUCGGUACGUUCGGCCGAACACCCAUCCAGGAACAAAAAGAUAUUGAAGAAAUUGCCGAAGACCUAGAGAGCCAGCAUGUUCACCAAGUUAUGGGCAUCAAGAACUUUGGUAAGAAAGCAAAGAACAUCGACGUUGAGGAAAUGAUAAAACAAGCAAAAAUCGCGGCUCAGGAAGCGAACAGAAAGAAAUUGGAAGCGAAUAUCGCAAAUAGUUCCGAAGAAAAAUCUGAUAGUGCUCAUAAUAGUGCUCCAGAUCAACCACAGGAUGAUUCAAGUGAUGAAGAAGUUUUUGGUCCGCCGGUACCGUCGUCCCUGUUAACGAAAGAUCCAGAUAAAGAUAAAGCAGAAGGUAAAGAUGAUAAAACGAAAGGUGAUGAGGACAGUUACGACGAACUCAGUGGUUCUGAUGAUGAAGACAUGACAUUGGAAAGUCGUAUACCAAAUACACAUGAGGUGGAAAUGUUACAUGGAACAAAAGCCGUGGUAGCUGUAGCGGUUGACCCAUCAGGUGCACGAUUAGCGACAGGUUCUAUUGACUACGAAGUGUCAUUUUGGGAUUUCGCUGGCAUGGAUGCAUCAAUGCGCUCCUUCCGUACACUCCAACCAUGUGAGAAUCACCCCAUCAAAGCAUUACAAUAUUCAGCGACCGGUGACUCUAUUUUAGUGGUCAGUGGUUCAGCACAAGCCAAGGUUCUUGACAGAGACGGUUUUGAAGUGCUCGAGUGUGUUAAAGGGGAUCAGUAUAUUACUGAUAUGGCUAGGACCAAAGGUCACACAGCAACACUAAACAGUGGAUGUUGGCAUCCACAAAUCCGAGAAGAAUUCAUGACCUGUUCCCAAGACGGAACACUCAGAUUAUGGCUGACAGAGAAUCCCAAACAGCACAAAUCUGUUAUAAAACCACGGCAGACUGGAGGCUUGAAGACCAACCCUACUUCUUGUGCCUUUUCAAGAGACGGCAAUACCGUUGCAUGCGGAUGCUAUGACGGUUCCAUACAAAUGUGGGAUCAUAGAAAGAAUUUUGUAAACACAACAUCUCUCUUACGUGACGCACAUCAAAAGCAAUCAGAAAUAUCUUGUAUAGCAUUUUCCUAUCUCGGAUCCUUCCUAGUCAGUCGUGGAAAUGAUGAUACCAUGAAAUUAUGGGACUUACGUAACUUCAAGAAGCCGUUAAACGUCUUUGGUGGUCUUUUCUCGAGGUACGAACAAACAGACUGCAGUUUCAGUCCAGACGAUUCAAUGGUCUUCACCGGAGAAUCUUUACAAAGAAACCAAGAUGUGGGUAGGCUUAUAUUUUACAAUGCAAAGACGUUCGAAAAAGUUACUCACAUUGAGGUGACCAAGUCUCACGUUAUCAAAGGAGUGUGGCAUGCAAAGUUAAAUCAAAUAUUCGUUGGAUGCGGGAACGGCAUUGUGAAAUGUUACUAUGAUAAUAAGAGAAGUCUACGUGGAGCCAAGCUCUGCAUUGUCAAAACCAAUAGAAAGAAACAAUCAAUGGAAGUUGUUAGCUCACAGCAAAUUAUAACACCCCAUGCGUUACCGUUGUUCAGACAAGAAAAGUUAAGAACGAGUAAGAAGAAAAUGGAAAAAGAUAGAUUAGAUCCGGUUAAAUCGAGAAGACCAGAUUUGCCAAUCACGUCCGGUCAGGGAGGUAGAGUUGCAGCAUCGGGUAGUACUUUAAGUUCCUUCGUGAUAAGGAAUCUCGGUUUAAGUAAGAGAGUUGAUGAUGAACAAGAUCCAAGAGAGGCUAUAUUAAAGUAUGCAAAGGAAGCUGAAGAAAAUCCAUUCUGGGUGGCUCCAGCUUAUAAGAAAACUCAACCAAUGCCGAUAUUUCAAGAAGGGGAUGAUGGUCCUUCUGAUAGUAAAAAACAGAAGACAUCGGAGGGUUAAACAUUAUAUUUGCCUAUUUUUCAGAAGUUUUUAUCAGACCUUAAAACAAUCCUAUCAAACUUAUGUACUUAUGGAUAGCUGUGUGUUGCGGUUCAUUUCGUGUUAUUAUCAAUUCCAUGGAACAUGGGGAUAAAUAGUAGCCUUUGUUACUCUUGAUAUUCUAACUAAUUACAUACUGUUUUAUUAAU